UGAUGUCCUGCUCUGUCAGGUAGUAGUUGAGGUACCCGCCCAGAGCGCCGACCGCCACCGCCGUCAUGUGACUGGAGCAGCCAUCUGAGGAGAGCAAGAGUUGCUGCCUUUCCUGCGUGGACGCGCUUUAACACCAGCACUCACCGGGCAGCACUUUCUCCCGCCGCUUCACUCUGGUGUGCGGCUGCAGCUGCUCCAGAAGUUCGUCUCCGAUCCGCUCCGACUCCACACUUCCUGUUGGGUCACCAGAACACCCAGUCAUCUUCUCGUCCCCCUCCCUCCGUCCGACCAUCGUGGGACUCACUGUCUCUGCCGAAGCAGCCGACCUCGCUGUCCUGCAGUCGCAUCACAUGCUGCAGCCAGUCGGCUUUGUAGAAGUCUGAGAAGCCUGAGAGUCCACAGAUGAGGACUGUUGAAAGCCAGAGAACAAUGGCGUGAAUGACAGAACCCCCACCCCUGACUAUACAAUCCACUAUACUGUUCUCGAUGAAGAUGUCGACCAUCUGCUCUGUCAGACCAUCUCGGAUGACGUCUUGGUUGGCCUUCAUCAUGUUGGAGCAGAAGAUCUUCUGGUAGUUCUGCUCGGUCAUGUUGGCUCGGGACGCCCGGGUGUCUCCCUUCAGCAGGUUUGAGCAGCCGUUCUGGACCGGAACAAACUUGGGUUAGAAUGAAACCUUGUGGGGUCUGAGGAGACACUGAGAGCUCACCAUCUUCCCGAUCAUGAAGUAGAGCAGCUGGUGAGACAGGGAGUAAUGAGGACAACCGAAGCGGGUCAUGAUGUCACGACAUGGUUUCGUCACAAUGCAGGGGGUCCCCUUGACCUUCCUGCGCACACACACACACAAGUCAAUGCAGCAUCCGAAGAUAUCAGCGAGAAUCACCGUCUUCAGUUCUGCUGUCGUCAUCAUCAUCCUCACUGACUCCAACUUCAUCAUUCCACUCUCUACAUCCUCAUCAUCAUCAUCAUCACUGAGGUCACCCCGUGUUGUGUGUUCAGUCACCAGGUUCCCAGCAGCAGCGUCAGGCACUUGUCACUGAGCUGCUCGUCGUAGCACUCGCUCGCCUGAGUGGAGAGGAAGACCAGGGUCGGGUCUGUGGAGGUCCACUGCUGAGGGAUGGACCAGAACGUCCAGGACAGAAGAGGCUCAAACUCUGCCACACAAGAGCAACAGACAUCAUCACUCCCCCUGAGGGAUGGUGCCCGCGCGCUGCUCACCUUGGUAGUACUUGGGGUCAUUCUGUUGCAGGGCAGCGAUGGCCUUGUCAAUGCUGUCGUCCAGGCGCUUGACCAGAGCCACGGCCGACGUCCUCUGCGACCAGCUGACCGGGUCCGAGUGAGGCCAGGUCCGGAUCGCCUCCUUCAGCUCAGCUGCACCCCAGAGAGGGGCGAGAGUCAGUGUGCCUGCCGUCUGAGCUGCUUCAGAACCACAGCCGUGUUUAAAAACAGCUGCUAGUUAUUGUGAUUCGGUCUGUUUACAUAGAUGAACCGGGACCAGGCAGAUCUUCAACGGCCGUUGGGGGCCCAUGGACCGGACAUUGACAAACCACUGCAGCGUGAUCAUAAUAAACACGGGUGUCAGAUCACUCUGACUGGUGUGACCUCCAGGACCACUUACCCAGCAGCAUGGAGAAGCCCACCACUCCGUCCAGGUUGAUUUGUUCGUGCUGCCGCGCCAGAAACGCGGCACCGCGAUCCAGACUGCCGAGGAUGUCGUCGAUAACGUCCGCCUGAGCGCCGCGGGCGGCGGCGAGAAAAGCGAGCAGUAGCAGCUUCAUCCAGCCCGAGAGCGAGAGCGAGAGCGAGAGGUCGAGGUGCCGCAGGACGGAGGGAGACUCAGCCAGGCCGGACUCACGCAGCGCAGAUGCCCGGAGGGAGGACGGGGGCUGGUGACGUCAUGAGAGAGCGGUUCUGUCAAACUAACACAGGUUUCCUGAAUCUGACAUGAACAUGUGCGGGAGAAUUAAUCUUAAACUGAACAGCUGGGAUCAAUUCCGGUCACUCGCCACCACUGAACUCGAGUAAGUCGCAGAAACAGAACGAAUGUACUUGCCAACACAUUUGUUUCACUAGUUUUUCUAUACAUUCCUACUUCCAGCAUUCACGCUUCUCAUUUCUUCUCAAGUAUGUACCUUCAAGGUACUUAGUGUGCUACUUGAUAUAAACUGCAGGUUCUAUUUGACAGCUGAAAACAUGCCGAGGCGAAUGGCUUCUUCAUUACAACAGAAUAAAAUAAACGACUGUACCGUCAUCCAUCUGCUCAAUCACCUUUGUCGAACAUACAAUUUCAAUGUUGUUCCGUUUUCUAUCUUCAAAGUCGAUAAAACAGAGAGGCCACUUAUGCAAUAGUACAGAAGGGAAGUUGUUGGAAACAAUAACACAGUUUUAUUCUAUAUUUUGUCAUCACAAUAAUUUGUUUAUUUACUAUUACUACUAAAGGUUAUUCAACUUUAAGUGGAUAACACAAAUUUAGAUGCUUAUUCGGAACAGUGAAAAUAAAAGACAAAUGAAGAGUUAUAAUAAUAAUACGUUUUAUUUAAAAGCGCCUUUCUGAACACUCAAGGACACUGUACAGGAAGUAAGAACAAUACCAAUAAAAGAGCAAUAAAAUCAAUAAAAACACACAAAAAGACAGAAAAUGGCAUGUAGGUGGAAGGGUGAUAAAUUACUCGUCAGUCAUCACCAAUAUUUGUUGUAUCGGAGCAAAUACAUUUUGGUGAGCGCAGAACAGCAGCUAGCCACAGGAAUUAGCAUGAUACUUUAUUUGCAGUAAAACAUUAGAUUUAUUUUUUGUUCUUUCCGGGGUCACGCGGGCACUGGGCCCGCCCACUGCGUAUGACACGUCAUCCCAGGAUACAAACAAGCAUGGCGGCGGACGCCAGCAGCGUUGCUCUGCUGGCGGGUUCGGCGCUCGUUGUUGUCGUACUCUCCUGGUUCUGUGCUUCUAGUUUACACUUGGUGGUACCGGCGGGGGCUUUCGCCCUUCUGGUGGCCACUCUGCGGUGGCGAGAUGGGGAGACGCACCGGCGAGCCUGUGUCCUGGUGCUUGGAGACCUCGGCCGUAGCCCCCGGAUGCAGUAUCACGCAAGUUCUCUCAGCAAACAUGGCUAUGACGUCACGUUUGUGGGGUUUCUUGACUCGAAGCCUCAUGAUGACAUUGUGACCAACAAGAAGAUCCGCAUCGCACCCAUCUCAGAAGUGAGAGGAGUGUCAGUGGGACCGAGGCUUCUCAAGUACGCCUCUAAAGUCCUGCUCCAGGUUCUGCAGCUUCUCCUGGUCCUGUUGACGAUGAAGCGCCAGGCUCUCAUUCUGCUGCAGAACCCUCCAGGGCUCCCUGCCAUGGCGGUGGUGUGGUUGGUCAGCAUUCUCCGGGGAAGCAGCUUCGUCAUGGACUGGCACAACUACGGCUUCACCAUCAUGGCACUGAGUCUGGGAGCCAAACACCCGCUGGUCCGCCUGGCUGAGCGGUACGAGCGUUUCUUCGGCCCACUGGCCACUCAGAACCUGUGCGUGACCGAGGCCAUGAAGGAUGACCUGAAGAAUAACUGGAAAGUCAAGGCGACGACACUGUACGAUCGACCGGCCGCCGUCUUCUGGGAAACACAGCUGCCCGAGCAGCAUGAGCUGUUCCGAAGUCUGGGCGCCGCCCACCCCGUCUUCCUGUCCAGCAGGAGCGAAGAGGAUGGUGGGAAGGAGACGACAGCCUUCACGGUGAAAAACCUUGCAAACCAAUCGGUCACUUUGAGACCGGACCGACCGGCUCUGUUGGUCAGCAGCACCAGCUGGACGGAGGACGAGGACUUCUCCGUGCUGCUCGGCGCCCUGGAAGAGUACGACGAGUUAGUGAUGGGCGGAGCCCCGUUACCUCACCUGCUGUGUGUCAUCACAGGGAAAGGACCUCUGAAGACUCACUACUGUCGGCAGAUUGACUCCCUGCAGCUGCAGCACGUCCACAUCUGCACGCCAUGGCUGGAGGCUGAGGAUUAUCCUCGACUUCUGGGAUCUGCUGACCUCGGCGUUUGUCUGCACAAGUCGUCCAGCGGUUUAGACCUGCCCAUGAAGGUGGUCGACAUGUUCGGCUGCUGCCUGCCUGUGUGCGCCGUCCACUACCACUGUCUGCAGGAGCUGGUGCAGCCGGGCGUCAAUGGUCUGGUCUUCAGGGACCAGCAGCAGCUGGCUGCACAGCUGAAGUCUCUGCUGGAAGGUUUUCCCGGGUCCUGCACCAGACUGGACCAAUUCAGAAGAAACCUCCGAGCCAGCAGGGGGCAGCGCUGGGAUGACAACUGGGACCAAAACGUUCUUCCUCUGAUCUCAGCUCAUUGACCUCAGGAGAAGGUCAGACAGAAGUCAUCAACGUUUUGACCUGGUCUCAGUUUGGACCAGAACCGGAGCUGGAGGUGGAAGCGGACUCUGAUCUGGCUACAAACCAGAAUCUCAUUGGUUCUGAUAGAACCUCCCACUGGACCUGCUGGUGGUCUCACCAGACUUUAUGUGGUGCUCUUCGAUUCAAACACGUUUGGACGAGUCAGAACCUGGUUGCUAAUGAUCUAACGUUUGACCCGCGAGCAAAGUCUUUUGAGUACAGUUAAGACUCCAGGAACAUUCCAGGACUGAGGUUUGUCAAGUGGUUUAAUGGUCCACAGUCACGUGACGUUCCUAGCAUUCUGUCCAUCACUCCACUUUUCAAACAUAGGCGAUGUGACCAGCUGAAUCAGUUGAAUUGGUGAGUUUCUGUUGUAGUGGAAAACCUGAUUGACAGGUCCAUCGAUCACAUGAUGAUGUAUCCCAGCAGAUUCUGUCAAAUAAAGAUUUGGGU